AUGGACGAACAGGUGUUCAAGGGGGACCCCGACACCCCGCACUCCAUCUCCUUCUCGGGCAGCGGGUUCCUGUCCUUCUACCAGGCGGGGGCCGUGGACGCGCUGCGGGACCUGGCCCCCCGGAUGCUGGACACUGCCCAUCGCUUUGCAGGGACGUCGGCCGGGGCCGUGGUGGCUGCCCUGGUCAUCUGCGGGAUCGAAAUGGACGAGUAUCUCCGGAUGCUCAACGUGGGAGUGGCCGAGGUGAAGAAGUCCUUCCUGGGACCUUUGGCCCCGUCCUGCAAGAUGGUGCAGAUGAUGAGGCAAUUUCUGUACCGGGUUCUGCCUGAGGACUCCUACAAGGCGGCCACCGGGAGGCUCCACGUGAGCCUCACCCGACUCACAGAUGGAGAGAGCGUGGUGGUUUCGGAGUUCAGGUCAAAGGAGGAGCUCAUCGAGGCUCUCUACUGCAGCUGCUUCGUCCCUGUCUACUGUGGUAUCAUCCCCCCAACCUACCGUGGCGUGCGGUACAUCGACGGCGGCUUCACGGGCAUGCAGCCCUGCUCCUUCUGGACCGACUGCAUCACCAUCUCCACCUUCAGCGGGCAGCAAGACAUCUGCCCCCGCGACUGCCCGGCCAUCUUCAACGACUUCCGCAUGUUCAACUUCUCCUUCCAGUUCUCCCUGGAGAACAUCGCCAGGAUGACCCACGCGCUCUUCCCUCCGGACCUGGUGAUCCUGCACAAUUACUACUACCGAGGGUAUGAAGAUACUGUUUCAUACUUGAGGCGGCUGAAUGCGGUGUACCUUGAUUCUCCUUCCAAGAGAGUGAUUUUCCCUCGGGUAGAAGUGUACUGCCAGAUAGAACUCGCCCUGGGCCAUGCGUGCCCUGAGUACGGUCCACAGAGCCCGCCGGCAGAGCAGUCCAGCCUGGGGGACUCGGAACAACGGCACACACAGUGCUCUUCCAAAGGGGCAGGAGGGCAUGUCAACGCUCUAUCCGAGCCCCCACCUGUGCCGGCACCUGAACACACCUGUGAGCGGAUCCCACCUGUGGAAUCACCUGUCUCCUCGCCUGCACCAUCACCGGCUGCAUCCCCGCCCCCGUCCCCCACCACCUUGCCACCUGCAUCCCUCCCAGCUGUGCAGUUACCACCCAGCCCAACACCUGCACGGCAACGGACUGGAUCCCCACCCAGAUCCCCCUCCUCCCAGUCAUCCCAGUCGGCCAGGCCCUCCUUGGGGUGUUCAGUUCUGGGGAAAUCUCAAGCAUCGCCCUCAGGUUCACCUUCAUCGCCUGAAGAGCCGCCUGAGGAGGAACUGGGCUCAGAACUGCCCCAAGCUCCGCUGACCUCUUCAGACCCAGGGAGCUCCGCGCAGCUGGCUAAGGGGAAGGAAGCUUCCAGCAAGCCUCCCGCCACGGAGGGCACUGCUGAAGACCCCCCCAGGGUGGACAAGGCCUUUAAGAAGAGCAAACCAAAGACCCCUGGCUCCAGAAGAGGAUUCCCAAGAAAUCUACGCUCCAAAAAACCAGGCGGCAAAGCACAGUCUGCGCCCUGCCCGCUUGACUUCUCUCUGCGCUCAGCUUCUGAGACUGUCUGGGUCACCUAUCGGACCCAUCCCAGCCGGAUCCAGGAAUACAGCUGCCCCGAGGCGUGGCACUCCCCAGGGGCUCCCCGAUGCUCUGGGAGUCCCUGA